AUGGCGAUUCUGAACUCGCCAAAGACGGAUUACGACUACGUCCAGAACAAUGGAAUAACCGCGGUGAACCCCCCGACUGGCGUCGACGCUCAGAUCGUCAUUGUCUUCUUCAGCGUCGCGCUGUUCAACGUGCUAGAGCUGCUGUUCAUAAUCUAUACGACCUUUAAGCGCCGGACCGGGCUGUACUUUUGGUCAUUCAUCGUCGCGACCGUCUGCAUCAUCCCCUACUCGGUCGGUUUCAUGAUCAAGUACUUUGGCAACCACAACGAUGUCGGCAUGGUCUGGGCGGGCAUCAUCUUUUUUGGGUGGUGCGGCAUGGUGACGGGCCAGAGCCUCGUGCUGUGGUCGCGGCUGCACCUCGUCAUGUACGACCGGCGCCGGCAGCGCGCCGUGCUCAUCAUGAUCAUCGUCGACGCCAUCAUCUGCCACGGCGGCGUGUCGGUGCUCAUAUUCGGGGUCAACGGCCACAACCCCAAGCCCUUUGUACAUCCCUACGGGAUCUUUGAGCGCAUACAGGUCACCAUCUUUUCGGUCCAGGAGCUCGUCAUCUCGAGCCUGUACAUUUACGAGACGGCCAUGCUGCUGCGGCGCGAGAAGAAGGAGUUUCGGCAGAGCGGCUGCGACUCCAUCAGCACCAGCAGGGGCGGAGGCGAGAGGGAAGCAGGACGCACCCUGGGCAGGAUCGGGUACGCGGCGUGGCGCAAUGUGCUGACGCACCUCAUCUGCAUCAGCAUCAUGAUCAUCCUGCUCGACGCGCCGCUGCUGGCGAUGCAGUACGCCGACCUCUACGACCUGCAGACGAGCUACAAGGCCCUGCUGUACAGCGUCAAGCUCAAGCUCGAGUUCAGCAUACUGAACCGCGUCAUCGAGGUGACGACCGAGCGCAACGCCGCCGGCACCGACUUCGAGUGCGUGUUGGAGGCGGGCGCCGACGGCAGCGCGGAGGGUGGAUCGUCGUCGCGGAACCUGCGGGGCGUGUCGUCGUCAAAGACGACCUUGGCAAAGUCGCCGAGGCAGGCGUACGAGGAGACGCUAGCGCAGCUAAGAGCUAAUACACCGCCGCCGAUGCCUCCGGCGGCGGGACUCGAGCGGUGGAACCUGGAGCAGGAGAAGGGACCAGACCGAGGGUCGAGUAGCCAUGUGAGGAUUAACGUGGCGCUCGGGAAUGUCGGAGGUGGCGCCCGAACGGUCAAGUUUCAUGACGGACAAGUCGGAGAUCGGGAAGAGGAGGGUCGGAGCUUUCCGUUGAUGCCAUUCGAGCAAAUGCCGUUCCGAUUCGACGACGACGUCGAGACGAGGCCGAGAAAGCUUCAAAGGACUACCAGGAAUUCGCGGGGAAAGCAGCCAGAGCGAACUGGGCGAACAAAGGGAUAA